CUUCGUCCUCGAUCGGGCUUUUAAUCGGCGCUGCGCCACUACCAAUUAAAAGGAAGAAAAAGAAAUCCAAAUCAGGGGACAAUAAAGAAUUAAUUGGAGAUUUCGUUUCGGAAGAUCGAAUCGCGGAGAUCGGUCGAGAGGGAGCGUUAAUUCAUUGAAAGCCAAGCAAGGAAUUGGUAUCCGAAGAAAGGGCUUCGAUUCGGCCGCCGCUGGAUGCCUCCCCCCUUCCUUCCUGUCGUCGGAUCUUCGGUUGGUAAUUAGGGUUUUUUGGUCCAGGAACCCUCGGGGUUCCACGUUUUCCCCUUCCGUCGCCACCGUAAUUGGUCGGGCAGCAGAUGCGACGGCGACGAGCGAACGACGACCGGUGAUCGCCGCCGCCGUGGGAUCGCGUUCCCCUUCUGCAUCGAUCACUUAUCAGGAGCCGGAUGGCGUGAUCAAAAACGUCAGGAGUGACCUUUCUUAUUCCCAGUUAUUGGGAACAUCGUGUCUUCAGUUGCAAUCCUGUGUCCUUUCAUACUGUAUGACGGUUGUAUAGUGAUUGGUUUUGGAGUCUUGACAAUUGGGCUCGUAACUGAUAAAUCUUGGCAAAAGAUAUCUGUGUGAUUGUACCAAAAGGAAGGAAGAUGAAUGCACAUGCUCAUUUGGCUGGGCAGAUCACCAAUCAGAUGUCCAACCAAGUGUCUGGUCCACCUCAGCAGAUUGGAAAUUAUAUGGCACCCCAGAUGCAGAGUCUCGGACCUCGACCUGUAGAUUCUGAACUUCAGGAUGCUCGCAUUACCAUGCAACACAAGAUCUACAAUAUUCUUCAAAGACGAAAACAAAUGUUCCCUGAUGAGUGGGUACGGAGGCUACCAGAGCUUGUUAAGCGUUUAGAGGAGCGUAUAUUCAAGGAUGCUACAAGGGAAGAAUAUUUAAAUUUAGCCUCGGAACCAGUUGAGCUUCGUUUAUUCUCUAUAAUAAAGAAUGUCCUCAACCACAAUCGACCUUUAUCACAUCAUAUUACAUCUUCUUCCACCGUAAGUACAAUGAUCCCGACUCCUGGUGUACCAAACAAUGGCAGCGCUCAUGCUAUGAUUCCGGUUCAGCCAGAGAAUCCUACAAUUGCCACCAGCAACACAGCUAUUGCAUCUCAAACUGCAGCAAACACAGGAAACUUACUUAUAAAUGCUAAUGGCCCAACCGAUGCGGGAAAUAGUGCCUCCUUUAAUGCUUCAGAUGGAACAGUAUCUAGUGGCUACCAGCAGCAAUCUGCGGCUUUUACUCUUGGUUCAGGUGGAAGUAAUAUAAUGUCCUCAAUGGCUUCAACCAACAUACCAAGACAAUUUGGUCAGAUGAUACCAACCCCUGGACUUAAUAGUCAGCAGGCAAUAUCUGCAAACUCUGACUGUUCUAGUGGAGCUGGAUUUUCUAGCAAUGAGCCUUCUGUGGCUCCACAGUCAGUCCAUCAAAAGAAAUAUGUUUCCAGUCAAAACAGUCAUAUAUCACAUAAUCUUGGUGCUCAAAUUGGUGGUGGAAUGAGAUCCAAUGUCUUGCACAAGGGUUCCUCUUAUGGAUUCUCAAAUGGGCUUGCAAAUGGUGCAUUGGGAUUAAUUGGGGACAACAUGCAACUAAGUGGGCCUACAGCAUCGGAUGGUUUCCUAAGUCCUGCUCCUUAUGCUAGUUCUUCAAAGCCUCUGCUGCAGAACUUUGAUCAGCAACAUCAUCAAUCGAGGAUACCAACAUCAUUAUCACAGCAAAUAUUACCUAACGUUGAUGGUAAUACAGCAAAGGCAAAUGAUGUAAAACACUCUGAGACCUUUCAUGGACCUGAUUUAUCUGGUUUAUCUGCUAUGAGUAACAUGAGUUCUGUAAAUUUGCAUCCCAAGGCAAGAACAAACUCAGGGUUUCUAAACCAUCAUGCUAGUUUACAAUCAAUGAGACUUCCGCUGAAUGUGAGACCCCAAAUGACUGAUCAAUCAGAGAAUAUAAGUUACCACUCAUCACAGUCAGCCAGGGAACAUCUACUGCAAUCACAACAGCAUGUGCAGCAAUCUUCGCAACAGCCUAAUCAAGCUUAUGCACCAUUUCCUCAGAACCAGCAUCAGCUACUGCAGAGACAUCAGCAAAGUAUGCAGCAGCAUCAACAACUUAUAGUAAAUACUGAUUCUUUGAGGAAGUCCUUGGUAACUUCUCAUUUUGGUGAGCAGCUAAUGCCUGGUUAUGCGGAUGUAACCUGUUCUGACACUUUGAUUCAGUCAGCAGCUCAACAGGUCCGACCUCCAGAAGUACAGUCUCAAUACCAGCAGAAUUCUUCUUCCGGAGAUCAUUCUAAAAGUGCUCAAUUACUUGGUCACUUGCCCAGCUCUCAAGAUUUUCAUGUCCCAGUUUCAGAGGGUUUACAGCAGUUGCAUCCACACCUGCAAUCUGAUGGAUUUUCAAACAAGUUUGGUCGAUUAUCUAGCGGAUCGCAAGCAGAAGAACUCCUUCAGUUUGAGUGGCAUCCACAGCCACUACAAUCACAGAAGCUAGACAAACCACCAGGCCAACAACCACAGGAGGAGUUUCAUCAAAGAAUAGCAGGACAAAAUGAAGCUCAGCUGUUGCACCUCUCUGCUAGAGAAUUGGAUGCUGAACAUGGAGACUCUAUAAAACAACAAAACUAUUUGAAGCAAAUAAGGUGGUUACUAUUUCUGCAUCAUGCUCGCAGGUGUCCGGCGCCAAAAGGACUAUGUACAGAAACUAAUUGCAUAAAAGUUCAGGAGUUGAUUUGCCAUAUGGAUAUCUGUAAGAGUGAGUUGUGUAAGUUUCCACGCUGUUCCCAGUCUAGGAAACUUGUCAAGCAUAUCCGUACUUGCCAAGCAGCCGAUUGUCCUGUCUGCACUCCAGUACAUGAUCAUAUAGCAGCAAACUAUAAGGCCCAUGCUCGUGCUUUAUCUAAUACUAGUGUGGUAUUUGAAAUUAAAGCUAAUUCUGAUGGAAUGAAAAAAGACACAGUGCCUACUGAAAAUUCCGAGGACUGGCAGUCUGCAUCAAAGCGCAUGAAGGUUCAACAUGCAUCUCCUUUUUUCCCUAAAAGUGAAACUUCACUAGUCUGUGCUCCUUCUGGGAACCAACCUUAUGAUUUCCAAGAGGUGCAGUCCUUGGAGUGCAAACAAACCGGUCUGAACAUGUCUGCUAAUUCUGGGGUCAUUGUAAAGAUGGAUGGAACUUCUGGCUCUGGACAAGAAAAGAUACCAGUCUUUGGCAGUGACAUUGAUGGGAAUAUGAGUUUGCCAAGCUGUGAAAAAGAUCCUGAUGUUUCUAACACUGUUGACUCUCAUGUCAAACAAGAAAAUAUGGUGGUUGAUGAAGUUCUGGAUCAGGCUGCUGCUGGAAUCAAGCAGGAUCCAGAUAACCCUCCAACAGAUCAAGUAACUGCAAGUAAAUCAGGGAAACCAAAAAUAAAAGGUGUUUCAUUGACUGAACUGUUCACCCCAGAACAAAUUAAGGAGCAUAUAAUUGGUUUGAGGCGAUGGGUUGGUCAGAGUAAGGCUAAAGCUGAGAAGAAUCAAGCAAUGGAGCGCUCAAUGACUGAGAACUCGUGUCAGCUUUGUGCAGUGGAAAAGCUCACUUUUGAACCCCCUCCAAUAUAUUGUUCUCCUUGUGGUGCUCGAAUAAAGCGAAAUGCAUUUUAUUAUACAAUUGGAAGUGGUGAAACUCGUCACUACUUCUGUAUCCCAUGCUAUAAUGAGGCUCGUGGUGAGACUAUAGAAGCUGAAGGAUGUACAUUCUUGAAGACAAAGCUUGAAAAGAAGAGAAAUGAUGAGGAAACUGAAGAAUGGUGGGUGCAAUGUGAUAAAUGUGAAGCUUGGCAACAUCAAAUAUGUGCUCUAUUCAAUGGUCGAAGAAAUGAUGGAGAAGCUGAAUACACUUGCCCUAAUUGCUAUGUAGAGGAGAUAGAAACAGGUGAACGCAAGCCCUUAUCUCAGAGUGCUGUUCUUGGUGCAAAAGAUUUGCCAAGAACCAUACUCAGUGAUCACAUAGAACAACGGCUUUUCAGACGGUUGAAGCAGGAGAAGCAAGAGAGAGCCAAGCAUCUGGGGAAAAAUUUUGAUGAUGUGCCUGGGGCUGAAGGGCUUGUAAUUAGAGUUGUAUCAUCUAUUGACAAAAAGUUGGAAGUAAAGCAGCGAUUUCUAGAGAUAUUUCAGGAGGAAAAUUACCCUAAAGAGUUUCCUUAUAAGUCCAAGGCCAUAUUAUUGUUUCAAAAGAUAGAAGGUGUCGAAGUAUGCCUAUUUGGGAUGUAUGUUCAGGAAUUUGGUUCAGAAUGCUCUUUUCCUAACCAGCGGCGCGUCUAUCUUUCAUAUUUAGACUCUGUCAAGUACUUCAGGCCUGAGAUCAAAACAGUCACUGGGGAAGCUUUACGUACUUUUGUUUAUCAUGAAAUUCUGAUUGGAUAUCUUGAAUACUGCAAGAUACGGGGGUUCACCAGCUGUUACAUUUGGGCAUGUCCUCCUUUAAAGGGUGAGGACUACAUAUUGUAUUGCCAUCCUGAGAUUCAGAAAACUCCGAAAUCUGACAAACUCAGGGAGUGGUACUUGACUAUGCUUCGAAAAGCUUCUAAGGAGAAUAUUGUUGUCGACCUGACUAACUUGUAUGAUCAUUUUUUUGUGACAAUGGGGGAGUGCAAGGCUAAAAUAACUGCAGCUCGUUUGCCAUACUUCGAUGGAGAUUAUUGGCCUGGUGCAGCUGAGGAUCUGAUCAACCAGCUUCGCCAAGAAGAAGAUGGUCGCAAACAAAUGAAAAAAGGAAAAACCAAAAAGACUAUUACCAAAAGGGCUCUGAAAGCUGCUGGUCAUUCUGAUCUUUCUGGAAAUGCCUCUAAGGAUGCUUUAUUGAUGCAAAAACUUGGUGAAACCAUAUGCCCCAUGAAAGAAGACUUUAUAAUGGUCCAUUUGCAGCAUGCUUGCACACAUUGUUGCAUGCUACUGGUAUGUGGGACACGAUGGACUUGUAGUCAAUGUAAAAACUUUCAACUUUGUGACAAGUGUCAUGAAGCAGAACAAAGAGUUGAUGAAAGAGAGAGACAUCCUACUAACAGUAGGGAAAAGCAUAUGCUUUAUCCAGUUGAAAUUAAUGAUGUCACUCAGGAUACAAAGGACAAAGAUGAUAUCCUAGAAAGUGAGUUUUUUGACACUAGGCAGGCAUUUUUGAGUCUUUGUCAAGGAAACCAUUAUCAAUAUGAUACUCUAAGGCGUGCUAAGCAUUCAUCGAUGAUGAUCUUAUAUCACCUCCAUAAUCCUACUGCGCCGGCUUUUGUAACCACGUGCAUUGUCUGCCACCAUGAUAUCGAAGCUGGUCUGGGCUGGCGUUGUGAAAGUUGUCCGGAUUUUGAUGUAUGCAAUGCUUGUUAUCAGAAAGGUGGUAUUGAUCAUAUUCAUAAGUUGACUAAUCAUCCAUCGAUGGCUGAUCGUGAUGCCCAGAAUAAAGAAGCUCGGGCAAAACGAGUUUUACAGCUUAGAAAAAUGCUAGAUCUUUUGGUCCAUGCAUCGCAGUGUCGGUCUCCUCAAUGCCAGUAUCCAAACUGCCGUAAAGUCAAAGGUCUUUUCCGCCAUGGAAUACAGUGCAGGACGCGUGCUUCGGGAGGUUGUGUUCUAUGUAAGAAGAUGUGGUAUCUGCUUCAAAUACAUUCCCGCGCUUGCAAAGAAUCAGAAUGCAGUGUACCACGGUGCAGGGAUCUGAAGGAACACUUGAGAAGAUUGCAGCAGCAAUCUGAUUCCCGGCGGAGGGCUGCCGUAAUGGAGAUGAUGAGACAGCGAGCUGCUGAGGUUGCCGCCAAUUCUGGAUAGCAAACUGUACAGUAAAGGUUUUUGUUAGCCAGGGAUCAACAGGAAUGUAGCUGCCAGUCGACGAAGAUCCGCCGUCUGAAUGUGCCAGCCAGCGAUGGUUUCACAGAUCUGAAUACGACCGACGGACCGAUGUGCAUGGCAUGGCAUGGCAUAUGAUCAAAAUCUAUAGGAGUGGGAAAGCGGACUGGCUACAGAAAGUUUGUUUGCUGCGCUAACCAAAUCAGCUUUAAGGUAAUUCUUUGAUUUAACAAGCAGCAGUGCUCCACCAUACAUGGAGGUACGGAUGGAUGGUGGUUGUAUUAUAGAUGUUCUAAUUAAUCGAUUUCUGAGCUUUAAAAUCAGUGUUUUAUUUA